AUGGCUCCCAGUGUGUGUGGUGUGUCUCUGGCUGUGGUGGUGGUGGUGUUAGUGACCCUGGUGUCUCCUGGUGGUGCCUGCCCUCGGCCCUGCUCCUGCUACCAGCCCACUGAACUACACUGCACCUUCAGGUCCCUGCUCACCAUACCACAGCUUCUACCGCAACAUACACUGCACAUCAACCUAGGGUUCAACAGUAUCAGCAGGAUCCCAGACAGCUCAUUGGCUGGUCUGAGGAGGCUGGAGCUGCUGAUGCUUCAUGGGAAUGACAUCCGUGAGAUUCCUGACCGAGUGUUCCAAGAUCUGUCCUCCCUUCAGGUCCUGAAGCUAAGUUAUAACAAGCUGAGGGAGAUCUCAGCAGAGAGCUUCUCAGGCCUGUCAUCACUACUGCGCCUCCACCUGGAUCACAACCAGCUGCAGUUCCUGCACCCCCAGGCCCUGCUCCGCCUCCCCAACCUCAGACUGAUCCGACUGCAGGGGAACCGGCUCCACCAGCUGCACCCACAGGCCUUCUGCACUCUAUCCCUACUGCAGACAUUCUGCUACUCUACCCUCAGGCAUCUGGAUGUGUCCAACAACAGUAUGACUAUCCUGCAUAGAGACACACUGAGGACUGCCCCUCUUCUGGAGUCCCUGGCUCUGCAGGCCAACCCUUGGACCUGCGAUUGCAGCAUGGCUUGGAUGCAGGCCUGGAGCAUCUCUCACCCAGGGGUGUUGAAAUGUCCAGGGCCGCAGUGCCCGGUCUGUGCCUCACCCAAACACAUGAAGGGUCGUGGCCUUUUGCAGCAGAAAGACCUAUCCUGCACCUCGCCUGUCAUCUCCACCAAUCCCAGAACCUCAUCUCAGGAGGAUGGCGAAGUUCAACCAAUAGAAACCUUUAGAGAGGCUUUAGGCAACGCCUCCCUGGGGAUGUCCGACCAACAGGGGAAUGCCGUUGAUCUGAAGUGUAACAUCACACACUCCUCACAGACUCCUGACAUUACCCCACCACACCUUUCCUCCUCCUCCAUCCCCCUCUCCCUCUCCCUCUCCCUGGACUGUGGGGUGGAUGGGCACGGCUAUGAGAGGCUGUGGAGGCUGCUGGCCUACUACAGUGAGACGCCUGUCAGGCUUCAAAGAGAAAUAAUGUUGAGUAAAGCCCCAAGACUUGCCUACAGGUACAGACAGACAGCAGAGAAGGAGGGCUACUACCAUACAGGGGUCAGGGCCAGUAUUCAAGCCCAGCCUGCCUGGUUACUGCAGCCCCAUGUCAGUCUAGAGCUCAACAGAGCUCAGUCCAGCACCCACAUGGUUAAACUGACCCUGUCCACCCUGGUGUCUGCCCCCCCAGACCCCCCAUCCCCACACUCCUGGGUCCUCAUCCAGACCAACCACACCCACACAGCUUUUACUGCAGCUGCAGAGAGACAGAUCCACCUGCCCUGCCCUGUCCUCAGCUCUAUUGGAAACCUAAGCUCUGGAGACCACAGGCUCCAAUGGGUUUUCCCAGAUGGUUCAACAGUCUCCUCUCCCUACCGCAGCUCCGAUGGUAGGGUUCGGGUGUCUGGCCAGGGGCUGGUCCUGCAGAGAGUGGAUCACUCUGAUGCUGGACUGUACUAUUGCGUGGCCCGGGCGGGGGGAGAUGUUGACGUUCUUCCCCUCCGUCUGGCGGUGGUAGAAUCAUCCAAUCCUCCCCCAGGGGAGGAGCUAGGCCCUGCUGUGACUGGAUUGGUUGGAGACCCUGUCAGUCUGCCGUGCGAGGCCUCUGGUACACCGAGGGUUGAGGUGAAUUGGGUUCUUCCUGGCGGGAGAGUGAUAGGGAGUAGGAAUGCGGGGAGGAGAAAGGAUGAGUCAGGGAUGAAUGUCUUGGCCAACGGUACCCUGUCUCUUCCCAUCCCUGCGCUGGGAGAUGCAGGCCUGUACCGGUGUGUAGCGGUAAACCAGUACGGUGCUGACUCUCUCUCCACCAGACUGACGCUCACCCCGCGUCCUUCUGACACCUCAUCACGUAUGAGAUAUCCCAUGAGGCCACAAUCUGCGGCGGGGGUGUCCAAUAGGGUACGAGCCCCUCUACGGGGUGAGGAGAUUGAAGAGGGGGGCUCAGGAGAUGAUGAGGGGGAGAACAUACUGCCUACCAGGGCAGGUUACAACAGGACAUGGCUUCCCCCCAUCAGAUCCCACAUGGUGAGAGUGGAGGGAAGCAGACCACCCCAAAAGGGCAAGAAGCCCUUGAGGAGAGGCUUCCCUGUGGAGCAGAGGAGGAACAGGUUGGAGGGCCGGCGUAACUUUAACCUGGCCAAGCACAAAAUAGACCCUCAGAAAUGGGCCGACCUGCUGACUAAGAUACGUGAAAGGACUGCCCCAAAAAUCACAGACUCCUUGUAUGUACCACCCCCAACAAGAGCACAUACUACCACCUCAGCCCCAAUUGAAGCACAGACAACCACCUCAAACCCAACUAGAGCACAGUCAACCACCUCAAACCCAACUAGAACACAAAUACAUACAGACACCACAUUACCAAACAGCACACCAGAGGUAAGUGUGGGAAGAAACUCUGAUCAACGUCUUGUAUUGGACUCAGAGGCUGAUACCUCAAAGAGUUCUUCCAUAAAUGUCCCCAGUCUACAGGAAGAGCGGUUAAACGCCAUCCAUACAUCACUAAUCCCAGAUCUGCUAACAAAGGAUAGAGUGACCCCAGAGACACCAAACACUUCAGAUCCGAGCAAUAACUUCCCCCAGAACCCUAAGUCAAACACAGACACAGAGACAGAAACAGAGACAGAGGGUUCUCUUAAAAGCACAAAGCCAACCUCCAAUGUCAAUUACACUAGCACAGAGGAAAGGAGACAGAGUGUUAUCCCUGUAAGGACUACAGGUGAGGGGGAGAGGACUGGAACAACAAACUCUGGAAAGGUAAUGUUCUCCAACUCUGUUCCGUCGCGACCCAGAAGCCCCUGGAAUGCCAGCAAUAGGCCUGGCCAGAGGAGACGCAUCAACAGACUCAGAGGACGACCCAUGCCCCGCCAAAGCGCCCCAGGUCCAACCUCCACUCUCCAGAAUACCCUAAGUCCCACUACCACCAGAGCAGCACUUACAAAGCCCAGGAAACGGACAGCACCUGCUACAACCAUUACUAUAAGCACUACUACUACUACUACUACUACUACUACUACUACUACUACUACUACUACUACUACUACUACUACUCCAUCCUUAACUAGGAUCACUGCUCCAUCAAGCACAUCUGUCUCCCCCCCUGCCUCCCUUCCUGCCUCGCCCCCUUCGCCCCAGACAUACACAGACAGGGUGACUCACUUAACAAACACUGCUGCUCGGCUCCCUGACAGGUCCCAAACGACUAUCACACACACACGCACAGACACUAGCACACACACAGGCAAACAUACACCCACAGUCACUCACAGUCACACAGAAAAACUGAGUUAUGCUAUAACAGAGGGUCAGGUCGGGGCCACGCCAAAAGAGCAGGAUCCAUCUGUCUUCAACCAACACAACCCAGAGGAUAUCAAAGCAACUACCCCUCGGUCUGGAACCACACCAGGUGGAACAACACCUACUGGCACUGAGAAAGAACCCAGUGAGAUAGAAUCCAGUGAGAUAGAACCACUCUACCCAGAAAUUAAGGAGGAACCCAGUGAGAUAGGAUCACCAGCCACUGAUGAAGAAGAACCCAGUGAGAUAGAACCACCAGCAACUGAAAAAGAACGCAGUGAGAUAGAACCACUCUACCCAGCAACUGAGGAAGAACUCAGUGAGAUAGGACCACCAGCCACUGAUGAAGAAGAACCCAGUGAGAUAGAACCACCAGCAACUGAAAAAGAACGCAGUGAGAUAGAACCACUCUACCCAGAAACUGAGGAAGAACUCAGUGAGAUAGAGCCACCAACAACUGAUGAAGAACCCAGUGAGAGAGAACCACUUUACUCAAUCACUGAAGAAGAACCCAAUAAGAUAGAACCAGUCUAUCUAGCAUCUGAUGAACCAGAGGAGAGACAGCCAGAGUCAGAAAUAGACAGCUAUUUUUCAUCUACAAAACAACUACUGCCCCCAACUACAGCUAAUACAGCAGCUAUCACUGCUUCAGCCAUCACCCCCUCUACAGUCAUCACCUUUAUUAGAAGAACUACCACUAUAACUAUACCUACAACAACAACCACUAUACCUACAACAACAACCACUAUACCUACAACUACUACCACUAUACCUACAACAACAACCACUAUACCUACAACAACAACCACUAUACCUACAACUACUACCACUAUACCUACAACUACUACCACUAUACCUACAACUACUACCACUAUACCUACAACUACUACCACUAUACCUACAACUACUACCACUAUACCUACAACUACUACCACUAUACCUACAACUACUACCACUAUACCUACAACUACUACCACUAUACCUACAACUACUACCACUAUACCUACAACUACUACCACUAUACCUACAACUACAGUCUGGAGGAACCCAGGAGUAAACUCCAUCCCAGACUCACAUGGUAGUCGCUACCGCCCCCCAUCUUACCCCACCUACUCACAACACUCCAGCAGCCGGCACCCCUUUGUCAUCACUAGGCCUGACCCAGUAAGAACUCCACUUCAAACUCCACCCCCUAUAAAACACGCUAUAAAAAACACACCCUCUCUACCACACCCUAUCAAGCCCAAACUUUUUCUCCCAGACAUUUUAGAGACCCCUUCCUCUGCAGUCCCCACCACCAGAGCUCUCUCCAGCUCCCCAAAGACCUCCACACCCACCACAGACAGUCAGGCUGGACUCAACCCUGAGUCCACCCUUCCUCAUUCCCCUCCCGCGUCUCCAGCCCAUAGUGUGACUGCCCAACACCCCCCUCAGACCUCCGUCUUGCGUGUCCAGCCCCGUAUCGCCCCCCCUCACAUGCGCCCCAUGUCUGUCCCAGCUGAGAUUGAUGCCCUCCUGCCCUGCGAGGCCAUUGGACAGCCUCCUCCAACAAUCACCUGGACCAAGGUCUCCACAGGAGCUGUGAUGUCACUGGACUACAAGGCAGAGCGUUUUCAGGUCCUACCCAACGGAACCUUUCUCAUCCGGAGCGUGCAGGUCCAGGACCAGGGGACAUAUAUCUGCAGCGCACAGAACUCUGUGGGCCUGGACCGUGCCAUGGUGACCCUGGAGGUCUGGUCCCGCCCACCCCGCAUUCAGCUACCCAACCACAGAGAUGCAACGGUGCACCAGGGGGGUGAGGUGAGGUUAGAGUGUCGGGCUCAGGGGGUGCCUGUCCCUCUGCUGUCCUGGGUGCUACCUGACCGCUCCAUCCUGACCCCCGACCUUAACUCCAACCCUGCCCUUGGCACUCACCCCCGGGUGUCUAUAUUCCCUAAUGGUACUCUGCGUAUCUUGGUGGCCGGCCCAGCAGACAGAGGACUGUAUCGCUGUGUGGCCUCCAACCUAGCAGGGGCUGGCAGUCUGUCAGUCCGACUCCAUGUGUCCUCUCUUCCUCCAGCCAUCCAGGAGCCCAGAGAGGAGAGGGUAACCCGGCCCGCUGGUUUGCCUCUCUACGCCCAAUGCUCUGCCCGGGGAGCUCCCGCUCCCUCCAUCCGCUGGAGGACCCCUGACGGCACCUUUCUGUUCCCCUCUCAAUUCCUCAACGGAAACCUGUUUGUCCUCCCCAAUGCCACCUUGCUGAUACGCAAGCUAGCCACUAAGGACUCUGGGAGCUACGAGUGCCUGGCGACUAAUGCGGUGGGCGGGGAUAAGAGGACGGUGAGGGUGGAGGUGACUGGAGAUGGAGGAGGAGGAGAUGUUGUCUCCAUGGAGAAAAUGACCUUCUCUUCCAUUAACAGUACAUUUGAUCUUCCCCCCUCCUCCCCCGUCCUUAACCCUCCCCGCCCACCCUCCUCCCCCCUCAGUAAGGCUAGGAUCCUCUCCACCUCUCCAUCCAGUUCUAUAGUCAUAUAUGGUGAAUCUCUGCUCCUUUACUGUUCAGCAACCGGCAACCCAGAGCCUAGAGUGGUCUGGAGGGUACCUGGCAAGAAACUAGUGGAUGCUCGCUACAGUUUUGACAAGAGGAUGAAGGUGCACAGUAAUGGAACGCUGUAUAUCCAGUCCGUGACGGAGAAAGACGGGGGGGACUAUUUAUGUGUCGCGCGAAAUAAGAUGGCUGACGACUUCCGCUUCCUCCAGGUCACCGUGGCAACAAAGCCUGCUAAGAUUGAGCCAAAGCAGCCAUCAAAUCAGAAAGUGGUAUUGUACGGAGCAGCUCUAAAGGUAGACUGUCUGGCGACCGGCCAGCCCGAUCCCGCGGUAAGAUGGAGCCUCCCGGAUGGAACCUCAGUGAAAAGUGUCCUGUUGCAGGUGGAAGAGAGAGGGAGGCGCAGCCGGCGACUGGUGGUUUUUGACAAUGGAACACUGUUCCUCCCCUCGGUGGGGAUGGGGGAGGAGGGGGAGUAUGUCUGCCACGCUGAGAACCAUGGGGGGAGGGACACUAUGAGUGUGAUGGUCAAAGUCCUCGCCUCACCUCCCUCCUUCCCCAGUACCAAAUAUGAGGUCAUCAAGGUGCAACAAGGGGGUGUAGUGACUCUGAACUGUGGGGCUAAAGGAGAGCCUGUCCCUACGAUCACCUGGCUCUCUCCAAUGAAUCGUGUCCUCCCAGUGGAAGGAUCAGGUCCGGUUGUGGUGCAGCAAGACGGGUCCUUGGUGAUCCAGGGGGCUAGAGGGGCUGACGGAGGAAACUACACCUGCCGAGCCAGCAAUGUUGCUGGGGAGAGGAGCAAGGUGAUGGGGGUGGAGGUGAUGGUGACACCACCCAGCUUCACACUCAAUGGGGCUGGGGGUGGGAUCAAUGGGGCAGACAGCCAGAUAGCUGUUGUUAGUGGUAGUGGACUGAGUGCUGUGAUCUCCAUCAGUCAGUCUGCAGGGAGGGAUCAUAGGGUCAGUGCAGGUAAUUGUGUCAGUAAUAAUGGAGACAGUAAAGUAGGGGACCAAAGGGUCUCAGCAGUUAGAGGCCAGACAGUUCUUCUGCCAUGUCCAUCCCAGGGCUUCCCUCUCCCCCGCCUGGCCUGGUUGCUGCCCGGUAAUGGGGUUCUCCCGGUGCCCUACUAUGGCAGCAGACUCACCGUGCACCGCAAUGGAACCCUGGAGCUGAGGGGGGUGAGGGCAAGCGACUCCGGCAUGCUGGUGUGUGUCAAUCGUGGUGAGAGGGGUGAGGCUCGGAUAAUGGUACACCUGGAGGUCUCAGACACAAAGGACACACCUCACUCCAGAGGCCCAGUGACCACCGAGAAACCUUGCCCAGUAGGCCCAGUUAGUACAGAGCAACCUCGCCCAGUAGGCCCAGUUAGCACAGAACAACCUCGUCCAGUAGUCCCAGUCAGCAGAGAGAAACUUCGCUCAGGAGGCCCAGACAGAGAGGAGACACCUCACCCCAGAGGCCCAGUGACCACAGAUAAAUCUCGCCAGGAGACACCUCGCCCUACAGGCCCAGUCACCAAUGAGAAACCUCACUUAGGAGGCCCAGUUAGCACAGAGAACCCUCUGCCAGGAGUCCCAGUCCAAGGGAACACACCUCACCCAAGAGGCCCAGUGCCAGAGGCAGGGAGGAGUGUUGUCCUGGAAAGGAAGCCUGUGGUCACCAGCAUAUCAGGCUCUCUGGUCAGCAUCAUCAACGGAGACAAUCUACAGCUACCCUGCCCCCAGACAGACAGCCCCAGUCAGGGCUCCAGCCAGACAGAGUCUCUGACCUGGAAGUUGCCCAGCGGGGUGGUCGUGUCUCGAGGCCAGGCGGCAGGGACGGGUCGGUACUCAGUCCUGGAUGACGGGACUCUGACGGUGCAGCAGGUAUCUGUGUUUGACAGGGGGACCUACUCCUGCCGAUCCACCAAUCAGGACACAUCGUCUAUCCUGACAGUUCCAGUGAUUGUCAUCGCCUACCCCCCUCGCAUCAUCAACGGACCCCCUCCCCUCACCUACACCCGUCCUGGUGUUGCCGUUCAGCUAACCUGCUACGUCAUAGCAACCCCCAGAGCGACCAUCACCUGGGAGAUGCCGGACCAAUCCCAGCUCAGGGUCACAGGUCAGGCCCGUCUCUAUGGCAACCGGUACCUGAGUCCCCAUGGUUCCCUGGUGAUCCAGAACCCGACCAUCAGAGACACAGGGUUCUACCGUUGUUCUGCACGGAACGUCAUCGGAACUGACACCAAGGCGUCUUAUCUACAUGUGAUCUAACAGAACACACACACAUCAUUUUUGCCCAAAGAAACUGCAAAGUUGAGUGCAGAAAAUACUGUUCAACUAAAGACCGAGGUGUUGAUUAAAGAUUGUAAAUAGAGAUAAAAACAAACACAUGCAUCUUACAGCCAGAGUGUGUUAAAGAUGUACAAGAAAUCAGCAGCUGAGAAGCACCAGCAUCCAUCAUCAAUAAAUAAGUGUCAACACAAACUAUAACAGGCUUUAAGAACAUCAGCUCUCAAAACACACGUCAUGCAAUAGAACACAUUCAGCUCUGUAUCACAACCUGUAUGUUUAUGUCAACCUUUACCUCCUUAAUAUCUUAAAGCUGCCCUAUUUAUCUUGUUUUAUAGUUGUGUACUGUUGAGCAGAGAAAAUGUUUGAUAGUGGUCACAGAACUGCUCCAGUGAUAGUUCUGUGGAGCCUCAGGAGUCUGCAGCUCUCUGUGUCUGCAGCUCUCUUUGUCUGCAGCUCUCUGUGUCUGCAGCUCUCUUUG